CCAACUACCAAUAAAAAAAGGCAAAUCUACCAAAGCUUCUUUUUGUCUCCAUGUGCUUCAUUUCCAGUUUCUCCAUGGCCAUUAAUCAGUUAAUUACUCACUAAACUACUAUUAAACCUGGAAUUCAUGACCCCAAUUCCCGAAUUUUUGAUCCCAAUUUCUAGGGUUGUUGAAUAUAUCAUUCAAUUUCCCUUAUUCAUCACAAUUAUGGACGAUUUAUCCCCAAUUUUGAACCCAGAUUCUAACUCUCCAUAUCAACUGAUACUUCGAGCUCUUCUGAUGAUCCCAAUCUCUCACUAUUUAAUCGGAUUUGCGAUUUCUGUCGCCGUUUUUUUGUAUAAUUUUUUGGAAUUGCAUUUGAUCCGUGACAUUUUAACUGGAUUUCGAGGCCAGCCGAUCACCUUAACUUUCAAUUCUGAGUCCAAAUUCUAUGAAGGUGUCGUUUCCAAGUGUCGAGUUUUACAUGGAAGAUAUUUGGCUACACCUUGGUUAGCUAGUCCUCAUCUUCAAACUACUUUUCUGAAUUUUUUUGGAAGGGCCCCUGUCUUCAAUUAUAAAAGACAAAUAUUUCAUUUAUCUGAUGGUGGAACAAUUGCACUGGAUUGGCUUAUGAGUUCUGACGUGAAAGGGAGUGCAGUUUAUGUCGACAAUGUUAUUCCAGAAAAUGAUAGGACCCCUACUAUACUUGUGGUCCCAGGUCUGACAAGUGAUUCUGAUUCACCAUAUUUGAAGCAUCUCGUGUACAACACUGCAAAAUGUGGAUGGAAUGUUGUUGUUAGCAACCACAGAGGUCUUGGCGGUGUCUCUAUCACUUCUGACUGCUUCUAUAAUGCUGGAUGGACAGACGAUUUACGUGUAGUCAUUCAUCAUCUCCAUAGCAAAUACCCAAAUUCUCCCCUUUUUGUUGUGGGAACAAGCAUCGGAGCCAAUGUUCUGGUAAAGUUCCUUGGUGAAGAUGGGGAAGACAUUCCAAUUGCAGGGGCUGUUGCUAUUUGCUCUCCUUGGGACCUUUUGAUUGGAGCCCGGUUCAUUGGUCGCAAACUUGUCCAGAAGUUGUAUGACAGAGCUCUUACCGUUGGCCUGCAAGGUUAUGCACAGUUACAUCAACCCCGCUAUUCUCGACUUGCUAACUGGGAAGGAAUUAUAAAGUCCCGUAGCAUCCGAGAUUUUGAUACCCAUGCCACCUGCGUUGUGGGAAAGUAUGAGACUGUUGACACAUACUACAGGCGGUGUAGCAGUACUAGUUAUGUAGAUAAAGUAGCUGUUCCACUACUCUGCAUUAGUGCCUUGGACGAUCCUGUUUGUACCACAGAAGCCAUUCCAUGGGACGAAUGCAGGUUCAAUAAGAACAUUGUUCUAGCGACCCCACAGCAUGGUGGACAUCUUGCUUUCUUUGAAGGAAUAACAGCAUCCAGCCUCUGGUGGGUGAGGGCUGUCACUGAAUUCCUAGGAGUUUUACACUCGAGCCCGUAUAUGCAUAGACAAAAGAAGGUGCAGAAGCCUGGCCUAGUUCUUCCACCAGAACCUUCAAUCGAUCAGGGUCCAUAUGUAAAUGUAUCAGCACAAGGCGGGAUGGUUGCUGCUGUGGUCAAUGAGCCAACUGGAACUGAUGAGUUUGAAGACUCCUCUGAGUUGAACAAACCAACCAGUGAAAUGGCCGAAGACCCGGUUCAACAGCCGAGAGAAUCAGAUGUUCGAUCAGAUAGUCAAACCAAUGUACAGGUGUCCAGCACCUGUGACUCCCCUUGUCAUAGCGCAACUUCUCUCUUCAAGCGCCGUUUGGAACAGCUUUCUCGACACUCAAGAAAAUCAAUAUGGUUGCUCGCUUAUGUGGCCAUUGUUACAAGUUGGCCGUUGUUGGGUUCAGCACUCUCCUUCUUUUUCAAAAGGAAGAUCAAGAACAUAUCGCCUGCCCGCCUACAGAAAAAAUAGUGACUUCAGCCCGAUUCCUGUACGUGUCUUAGACUCUUAUUAGUGGCUUAUGUAAACCUUGCAUUUUAACAUGUUUACAUCCAUCACAUUUAUAUACAUGUAUACCUAGUAUUUUGCAAUAAUUCAUUAUUUCUGAAUAUUAUUCACUGCAAUAAAUCUAUUGGUGCAAAACUGCAAA